UCUCAUCUCCAUCCCCGCUCUUCCAGCUCGAGACAGGCAUCCACAGCCAGGAGCUCCCCGCUCCAGCUUCUCCACGUAACCACACGCAUUCACCGUGCCACCACGCUGCCCCGCCGUCUCAGCCUCAUGUCUCUGCUGGCCUCCCCCACGGCGUUCGGCGCGGCCGCCGUCCGCCGUCGCGCCGCACCGCUUCCCCUUCUCCCCGCGAGCGGUCGCGCUGCCCUGCACGUGGCCCUCGCUCGCCGCGGCGGGGUCUCGUCCCGCACGCAGCGGCGCCUCGAGGAGCGCGGCGGCAAGAAGCGCCGCGGCGGGGUCGCGGCGCCCGACGUGGACGAGGAGGCGGCGGAGGCGGGGGCCGCGGAGUGGGAAGGGGAGCCGCUGGGGUUCGAGGUGUCGACGGAGCCCAUGCCGGAGCUACCGGACCCGGAGACGCCGGACUUCUGGGAGGGGCCCCAGUGGGAGGCCCUUGGCUUCUUCGUCCAGUAUAUGUGGGCGUUCGGCGUCGUGUUCGGCCUCAUUGCUUGUGGUGUUGCGGUGGCUACCUACAACGAUGGGGCAACAGAUUUCAGAGACACUCCUGCUUACAAGGAAUCGCAAACACAGGAGUUCCCUGAGGAGUCCGAAUCAUCAAGCGCUGAUGUGUUUGAAGGCAAUCCGACUGAAGUAGCACCAGCUCUUGAGUAGGGCUGGCAAGGAGACACGAGGGAGAGAAGAUGAUGACCCUCUGUCUGCGGUAUAGCCUAUAGGACUUUUCCUUGAAAGUAGCUGGUAAGCAUGUACGUUUUGGUUGAAAUCAUGAUGCUAUGAAAUUUGGCUCGUAAUUAUUGUGUACUGAAUUUUCCCCUGGAAGAAAUUAUAGAUGGCUAGUACCUAGUGCUGAUGGAUUUCAUCUGUAUUUUAUAUAUACCCACUUACCCA